AUGGAUUAGAGUUGUAUAUGAUAUUAUUAUAUAUACUACUUACCAAUUUCGUGUUGAUACCCACCUUCCAUCUUCGUCAGUUUCUUACUUUUAUCUCUCUCUGCCACUCUCUCCUCAUUUUCCUCUCUUCCUUCGUUUUUUGGUAAAAUUGUGGGAAGCAUGUCUGUUUUGGGGGGUGAUAAAGAUAAGGAGUUGAGAAUUCAUGAAAGCUUGGAUGAGCUUGGAACUGAUUUGGCAGACUAUAUAGCUGAACUAUCAGAGACUUCAGUGAAGGAGAGAGGUGUCUUUGCUCUUGCCAUAUCUGGUGGUUCUCUCAUUGGCUUAAUGGGAAAACUCUGUGAAGCUCCUUAUAACAAGACUGUAGACUGGGCAAAAUGGUACAUUUUCUGGGCGGAUGAGCGUGUUGUGGCCAAAAACCAUGCCGAUAGCAAUUAUAAGCUUGCCAAGGAUGGUCUAUUCUCCAAGGUACCAAUUGUUCAUAGUCAUGUGCAUUCUAUCAAUGACUCGGUGUCAGCAGAGGAGGCUGCCAAUGAGUAUGAGUUUGCUAUUCGGCAGUUGGUGAAAUCUCGUGUAAUCAGCGUGUCCGACAUAAGCGACUGCCCCAAGUUUGACCUCAUCCUUCUUGGUAUGGGCUCGGAUGGCCAUAUUGCUUCUCUUUUUCCCAACCACCCGGUACUCGAUGAGAAAAAUGAAUGGGUGACUUUCAUUACUGACUCCCCCAAACCACCCCCUGAGAGGAUCACUUUCACUUUGCCUGUCAUCAACUCCGCUUCCAACGUGGCGGUGGUCGUGACUGGAGACAGCAAAGCGGAUGCUGUACACUUGGCGAUCGAUGAUGUUGGACCCGAUUGUCCAUUGGUGCCUGCGAGGAUAGUCCAGCCAACAAAAGGGAAGUUGGUGUGGUUUUUAGACAAACCUGCUGCCUCAAAACUUGAUGGUUUUCAAUUUUCUGAUUAGGGUCGAUCUCUUCAUUACCAAAUGUGUGUUUGUAUUUAGUGGAGGGAUUCGACGCUUGUGCUUCAUUUUUCUCUUCCAUUCGAUCCCUUAUUUUGUUUUUCUUUUGCCUUUGGGUAAAAUUCCCCAUUUUGCCUUGGUCUUA